AUGUCCCGAAUUCCUCAGUUGUCGACCUCGCACAUCCAGUCUCCUAGCCGCGCGAGCCCCUAUUCGGACAGACCGACAUCGCCACACCAUUCAGUUGGUGGAAUGGCGAGCAAUUUGUCCGCUGCCAACAUGUCUGAUAGCCGCAAAAAGCAGAACAAACGCGAUGAGGCGAUCAGGAAGAAGAUCGAGGGAGAGCUCUCUCGCAAGCGCACCAUAUCCACCAAUGUACCGCGCUCACGCAAGACGGGCAAAUCGACGGCUGCCAAGGGCACUGUCGCAGCGCUCAGACCCAGUCCUGCACUGACCGUGCCUGAGAACAUGACCGUAUCCGACGCCAGCCAGCUCUGUGCUGCCAAACGCACAGACUGUGUUCUCGUUGUCGACGACGAAGAGGGCCUUAGCGGCAUCUUUACCGCCAAAGAUCUUGCCUUUCGACGCCGAGGGGCUCGAUCCACGUACGACACCGGUCAGUCAAUCAUGACCAGGGGUCCGAUGGUCACCCGCGAUACUACCAGUGCAACCGAGGCUCUUCAACUCAUGGUCCAGCGUGGAUUCCGUCACUUGCCAGUAUGCAAUGACGAGGGAAAUGUCGUCGGUCUGCUCGAUAUCACCAAAGUUUUCCAUGAAGCUCUUGAGAAGCUCGAACGUGGGUCCUCGGCCUCGGCCAAGCUCCAUGCUGCUCUUGAAGGCGUCCAAUCCGAGCUCGGCAACGGUUUGAACCCACAGGCGAUGGCUAUGAUGUCCUAUGUUGCCUCGCUGCGCGAAAAGACAACUCUUCCUGACCUUACCACCGUCAUGGACUCGCGCACCCAGCCUGCGACGAUUGCCGGAAUUUUUACAAGCAAGGACGUUGUAUUGCGUGUUAUUGCCGCAGGGCUCGAUCCGAAUCGGUGUAGUGUCGUCCGAGUCAUGACCCCACACCCAGAUGUGGCCGAGCCUUCCAUGACUGUUCACGACGCACUCAAGAAGAUGUAUGUCGGAAGGUAUUUGAACUUGCCGGUCGUUGAAGGGAUGGCAGCUCGUUGCCAUUGUAGAUGUGCUCAAACUCACGUAUGCAACUCUGGAACAGACAGAGGAAUCGGCCCCAUGUGGGGUCGCUUCUUUGACUCGUUCCAGCAAGGUGACGACAACGAAUCUGCGGUCUCGGGAUCCAAUAUGCCCCACGAUACUUCAUCCAGCUAUAUUGACCCUGGUCGACUGGGUGUCAACGGCGGACGUUCGCCUCACUCGGAAGUCCAUCCUAAUGACUCGGCCUCGGUUAUCGAAGAACUCCACCACCAGCAUAGUUCCAUCCUCGAGGCCAUGCCGGCCUACGAACCCAUAGACGAUGGCACCUACGUGUUCAAGUUCCGUACUCCGAGCGGACGCACACACCGAUUCCAAGCGCGCCAGGACAACUUUGAAAACCUCAGGGACAUCAUCGCCGGCAAACUCGAGUCGGACCCGUUCUUUGAAAUCCCGGAAGGUGCUCCCGAAUCCGCGCCCCAUCCCGAGCCGCACGACUUUACCAUGUCGUACACCGACUCGGACGGGGACACGGUCGAGCUUACCUCUGAUUCGGACGUGGCGGACGCGGUCCGGCAUGCUAGACAGGCCAAGGAAGACCGUGUGAUUGUGUACAUCCACGGAGGCAAGGCCUGGGACCUGGCGGGCCAGCAGGACGCGGAGAAGAAGGCCAAGGAAGCAGCCAAGGCCGCGCAGGAAGAGACGCGCUUGCUCGAAAAGGGGGGCGCGACCCCGGUUCACGAGCUUUCUACUCCGAUCAGCUCUCAUGCGCAUGCGCACCCGCAUAAUUUCCCCCACGAAGAGGAGAAGCUGUUUGGUGUUGUGCCCAGGGACAUGGUUCUCCCCGCCAGUGUUGGAUUUUUGGGCGUGGUCAUUAUUGUGGUGUUUGCCAUGUCGAGGUCCUCGAACAGGUAUUGA